AUGCGAACAAUCCUUGUGUUUGCGACACUAUGUUUGGCCAAAACAAAUGGUGAUAUCUUUAGCUCAACAGCUCAUCUCCAGAGUCUUAUGCAUCUUGAAAGACAUUUGGUUAGUGAAAUGAGUGACUAUUUGACUAAAAUGGAGGCAAAAUUAUAUGAGAUCAAGAGUUAUUUACAUGAGUUUGCGUACACUGCCGGUCGGGAGGAGUUUGCCGGCAAGUUUGCCACCGAUGAGAUCGUAGGAAAUCCCAUACAAGCGUUUCAAUUAGUUAAACGAUUGACAAUAAAUUGGAGAAGAAUUGAGAACAUUAUGGCAAAAGAAAAUCUCUGGAAUAAAAUUGAAGAGCUAACCGAUGUGUAUCAGUCAUUUAUGCCGAGUCAGGAGGACCUUCACGGGGCAGCCCUCGCACUCGUCAGACUUCAGGAUACCUAUAAUCUAAAUAUGACUGACUUAGCCAAAGGCCAGAUCUUAGGCUAUCAAACAAACGUUGAGAUGACGGCCCGGGACUGCCUUUAUUUGGGAAAACAUUCCUUUAAUAAUGGAUAUUACGGUCAUUCAAUUGAGUGGUUUGAGGAGGCGCUCAUUAGAGCUCAUCGGGAGGACAACCGGACGGCAUCGGUAGAGGAAAUUAUGCCGUUUUAUAAUAUGGCCGUUGAAAUUACUGACCAAAAUUAUACGGAUUAUUUCAAUGAAAACCGGAUAAAAGGUGCCACCAAAUUGAAGAUAGUUGAGGGCGAGUCAGAUGAUUAUCACAACUACCAGGCUUUAUGUCGCGGAGAAAAUCUUAAAACGGCUAAAGAGGAAAAAAAUUUAAAAUGCUAUUUAACAAAUAAAGGAAAUCCAUUACUCAUACUACAGCCCAUCAAAGUGGAAGUGUUUAACGAAAAUCCAUUAGUAGUUAUGUUUCACGAUUUGAUGACUGAAUAUGAGAUGCAAACUUAUAAAGAUUUGGCAAUUCCUAUGUUGACUCGAGCCAGAGUUCAAACAGAGAAUCACGACGACGAAGUAUCAAAAGUGAGAACCAGUCAGACGGCUUGGUUUUCGCCACAAAGUCAUAAAAUGGUCGCUAAUCUUAACCAUAGAGUCGAAGCCGUCACCGGUCUAUCAGUAGAUAUGGAUAAAAGUCACUGUGAAUUAGUGCAAAUUGCCAAUUAUGGUAUGGGUGGCCACUAUGUGCCUCACUAUGACUAUCUAAUAGUCGACCGACCAGAAGAUCAAAGACAUCUGGCGCCAGCCCGUGAAGUGGCAGCCGGUGACCGGACAGCAACUCUUAUGUUUUAUUUAUCAGAUGUUAUCAAAGGUGGUUCGACUGUAUUUCCUCGAUUGGGUACUAAAGUUACACCAGAAAAAGGUGCUGCAGUUUUCUGGUAUAACCUCUACAGAAAUGGUGAGGGCAUUGAAGACACAGUACACGGGGCCUGUCCUGUACUGAUGGGUGAAAAAUGGGUUGCUAACUAUUGGAUCAGAGAAAUAGGACAGACUUUCAACAGACGGUGCUCUUUAAAUCCAAAUGAAUGA